AUGGAUUCGGACCAGAAACCUGCCGGUGAGUUCGUUCCACGUUUACUUAAAAACCCUGGGGUCUCCUCGCGGUGGAUCUAUUCCCGCCCGAAGGCCGAAUUAUUAGCAUUCGCGGAAGAAUUUGGGUUCUCUCCCGACGGGGUCGUCGAUGACCUACGACGGAGCUUCGUCACCCUGAUCAAGGAAUCCGAGCAACCACAGGAAGUGUGGACUCGACUCGCCGACCUGGAGCGUCGAUAUACCACUCGGGGCCCGAGCCCUGUGCCUCAGGGAGAAGAGCGGCCGGGACCCAGUGGUCUCUCCGCAGGCAAAAAUGCCAAUUCUGGACGCCCACGUAGCGCCCCCGGUUCCACUACCCCAGUUCCUCUAACUAGCUUCGUUGUUAGCACUCCCAGCUUCACUGUUACCGCCCCAAGCCUCGCCGUCGCCGCCCCUCCAACUUUCACUACCGCUCGAGAAACCUACGCUGAGCCAAGCUACGACCGGCCUCGUCGCGACUUUGUGUGCGUCCCAGAGCGGAUCCGCAAAUGGGGUUUGCAAUUUGAUGGGUACUCCGACCCAUUGGCCUUCAUCGAAAAGGUCGAAAGUCGGGCCUUGUCUUAUGGAAUCAACCUAGGACUCCUCCCUCGAGCCAUGGCGGAACUGCUGACGAGCAGGGCCGACAAGUGGUUUCAAACCAGCCGCCUCCAAGAGGCUGAUUGGGCUACAUUCCGACGGGAAUUCCUCGAGUUUUUCCUCCCGCCCAGAUACCUCCAGCGCUUGGACGACCGAAUCCGGAGUCGCGAGCAGCUAGGAGAAGAAACUUUUAAAGAUUACAUGCUCGACCUUCGCGUUCUCAUGCGCCACGCGGGCUAUAACGAGACUCAGGAGCUCGACCGCCUGUACGAGAAUAUCGCACCCGACUAUCAGAUGUACAUUCGGCGCAGCGAGUUCCAAACAAUUGGGGAGCUGGCUCAACUGGCGACCGAAUUCGAAGCCUGGGGGUCAAACAUUUUCUCCCGGGUGCACCAGAUCAAACGACGUUCCGCGGACGCCAGGCCAGGUACGGCCGCCCGCGCCCGUGCGAGUAAACCGGGUAGCGGCACCAGAUCGCCGCAUCAACGUGCAGGAUGCGUGCCGAAAUUGCGGGGAUUCCGGGCAUUUCAGCCGCGAAUGCCGGAACCCUCGGCUAUACUUUUGCUGGGACUGCGGACGACGCGAUGUUCGCACCGUCGAGUGCUGCCGCCGACCCCAGCCGGGAAACGGAGCGGGUCCCCACGACCGGCGGAGUCCGUUGGGGACCAAUCCCGCAACGAACACCUUGUAAACGCGCCGCUAAGAAUCGAGAGAGGGAGGAUCGCCGCAGAAGUCGAGAUCGGUGGCCAUCGACGUCUGGCCGCCAUCGACACUGGCGCAUCGAAGAGCUUCAUCAGCCAGGAAGUCGCCAACCUAGUUGGCCAACGACACCAGUUUCAGGAGAUCCGCACCCAAAUUAACUUGGCCGACACCUCGCGAGUCGAUGUUCGACAACUCCUGCGCGCCGAUAUCACCCUCGCUCGGAAGACUAUCCAGGUGCCCCUCUUCGUUAUGCCGGCCAUACUGGAACCCCUGAUCCUGGGCAUGGAUUUCCUGGCCACGAUCGGCACCACCAUCCAGUGUGGGACGGCCAAACUCAUCCUGUCGAGACGACAGCCGGAAGAGCGGGACAUGAGGCCACCCAGAGACGCGAGACGCAGCAUACAUACAACGGACUCUCGAACCACCGAACCACCCAGCCCACGGGGCCCAGCCGGAUCCGAGCUGAGCAAGGAAGCACCGCCUACUCGCCAGAAAGACCCCCGCCUGGGCAUCGCCGACCAUUUCACAGAGACACACAGGAGCCCCGACGCGGGCAUACAAGGAAGACACACACACAGAACACGAACGCCGGAGCGGGCAUACAAGGAAGACACGCAGAGACACACGGAAGCCCCGACGCGGGCACACAAGGAAGACACACAGGAGCCCCGACGCGGGCACACAAGCACAGGAACCUCUGAGAGUAAUCUCAUGAACCUACAUGAGAUGGUAAAUACCGAGGACAAGCACACAGAGACACACAUCGACACACACCCCGAGACACCCGAGGAGAAUCUUGAGGGCGCCCCCGAGGCCAUCAACGAGGAACAAGACCCUCGUAUCCAGGAGUUUUUAUACGAGCAGCUGGCCCAGUUCGAGGGAAUGACCGGAGUGGCCAAUAUCGCCGAGCAUAGGAUUACCAUGCGAGACGAUCGGCCCAUCAAGCAGCGGUAUUUCCCAAAGAACCCGGCUAUGCAGAAGAUCAUCGACGAGCAGGUGGACGCCCUCCUUGAUCAGCAUUGCAUCGAGCCAUCGCGCAGUCCGCACAGCGCUCCCUUGGUCCUGGUCAGGAAAAAGACUGGACAAUGGCGCAUGUGCGUAGAUUAUCGUCAGCUAAAUGCCAAGUCGAUCCCCGACGCGUAUCCACUGCCGCGUAUCAACCAUAUCCUUGAGCGGCUCCGAAAUGCAAAAUAUAUUUCCACCCUGGAUUUGCGCAAUGGCUAUUGGCAGAUUCCAAUGGAAGCAGGCAGUCGGGCGUGUACCGCCUUUACGGUCCCUGGCCGCGGCCUUUUCCAGUGGCGGGUCAUGCCUUUUGGGCUCCAUUCGGCUCCAGCCACCUUCCAGCGAGCGCUCGACAGCGUGAUCGGGCCAGACAUGGACCCAUAUGCCUUCGCUUAUCUAGACGACAUAAUCGUCAUCGGUGCCAGUCUCGAAGAGCACAUGGAAAAUUUGCGGAGAGUCUUCAAGCGGCUCAGGAAGGCGAACUUACGGAUAAAUCAAGACAAAUGUUCCUUCUUCAAACGGAAGUUGGUUUAUCUCGGCCACGUCAUUAGCGACCAGGGCAUUCACACGGACCCUGAAAAGGUAGCCGCCGUGCGGAACCUCAGCCCACCCACGAGUCUUCGAGAGUUACGCAGAUGCCUAGGCAUGGCCUCAUGGUACAGGAGGUUCGUACCGAACUUCGCGUCUGUUGUUCAGCCCAUGACGAACUUGCUGCGCAAAAACCAGCGGUGGAAGUGGGAGCAAGAACAACAGAAAGCCUUCGAGCUCCUCAAAAGUCUGCUAACGGAUGCUCCGGUACUGGCAUGUCCAGACUUUUCCGUCAAGAUGACGCUCCAGACCGACGCGAGUAACUAUGGACUCGGAGGUGUGCUGACACAAGAAAUAGAGGGGCAAGAACGGGUCAUCGCAUACGUGAGUCGGAAGCUAGACGCUGCCGAACUCAAUUAUUCUCCUACGGAAAAGGAAUGCCUAGCCAUCGUCUGGGGAAUUCGUAAGCUCCGAUGCUAUCUCGAGGGCUAUCGCUUCGACGUGAUCACAGACCACUUGGCCCUGAAAUGGUUAGAUCAAAUUGAGAACCCGACUGGAAGGAUCGCCAGGUGGGCCUUAGAACUUCAACAGUACCAAUACGAUGUCCACUAUCGCCGCGGGAAAUAUAACGUGGUCGCCGAUGCCCUAUCCCGGCAACCACUGGAGCACCUCCAACGACUAAUGCCAGACGAACGCUUGUGCAAAUGGCUGAAACGAAAACUCACGGAAGUUCAGGACGACCCCCAGCGAUUUCCCGAUUAUGUCAUCGAAAACGGAGAGCUGUAUCGACACCUCGGACACCGCCCAGACGACCAAGAUUAUAUUCCUUGGAAGCUCUGCGUUGCGGCUGAGCAACGAGCACGGAUCCUCCAAGAAUGCCACGAGGCGCCCACGGCUGGCCACUUUGGCACCCGGAAGACGAUUCUGCGGAUCUCACAAAAAUAUUACUGGCCCGGAAUGUUCCGCGACGUGAAACAAUACGUCCGUCAAUGCGUCCUCUGCCAGAAAUAUAAAGCAGAGCAAAAGGCACAAGCAGGAAGGAUGUUGACGAGGCAGGUCGAUGAACCCUUUGGCAUCGUAUGUGCAGAUUUCGUGGGACCAUUACCGCGCUCCAAGGCAGGUAACACAAUGCUGCUGGUCUUCUUCGAUAGUUUCACCAAGUGGGUGGAACUGGUCCCAUUGCGAAAAGCCACCACCACCACGUUGAUACAGGCGUUCCGCGAAAGAAUCAUCGGGAGGUUCGGAGCCCCAAAGAAACUGGUGUGCGACAAUGGCACCCAAUUCACCAGCAAGGCCUUCCGAGGAUUCCUUAAGGAGAUGGGCGUAGAACUUCAAUACACGGCCCCCUAUUGCCCACGCGAGAACCCCACGGAGCGAGCGAACCGCACAGUCAAGACCAUGAUCUCUCAGUACGUCGGCAGCGAUCAGAGUACGUGGGAUCAGCUAAUACCUGAGCUGAGCCUCGCCAUCAAUACCAGCAUUUCGGAGACCACAGGGUACAGCCCGGCUUUCCUACUACAGGCACGAGAGCCGCGGUUACCAGGCUCAUGGUACGAUCAAGUGACACCGGGAGCAGGCGUCGCUCCGGAGACCCCUGCCGACCGAGCUGGACGACUGAAGGAAAUUUUCCAGAUCGUCCAGACAAACAUCCAGAAGGCCAGCCGCGACCAAGGACGACAGUAUGACCUCAGGCGUCGGGCAUGGAGGCCCACCAUCGGCUCACUGGUCCUCGUGCGCCAGCAUCACCUAUCCAAGGCCGUGGAUGGGUUCGCUGCCAAACUCGCGCCCAAGUUCGACGGGCCAUAUAAAGUGGUCGCCCUUCCGUCCCCAAACAUAGCCCGAAUCCGCUUGCCUGGGAAAAGAAAGGGCCGCCUUGCCAAUAUCGCCGACUUAAAAGAAUUCCAUUCUUCUCUUCCCGCAGGUGAUGCAGACAGUGACGACGACGCCAUGUCGGAGGACAACACCGGCGUUCAACCCGGGUCCGACAAGCCACGGCCACCUGACCACGAUACCAGCGAGGGGUGA